CACAAAGCAAAAGUGCCUCAAGAUUCAUUUUCUUCCACCCACCCUAAGAAAACAGGCACACCCAAACCAUAGUAGUAAAAAAACAAAAAAAAACAAACACCAAAUGGAAGAAGAACCCUUUUGGGUUCUGAACGGUGAAACUGACCACCGCAACCGCCGCCGUCUCCGCCGCUUGUACUCGCUGUUUCUAACCUCAACUUCCCUCCUUUUACUUCUCCUCGUCAUUGCACUCGCAUUCGCAUUUGUCGUAGUUCCAACGUUGUACUCAUUCGCUUCCAACAUCUUCAAACCCCACACUGUGAAGAGGAGUUGGGACUCCCUCAACCUCGUACUCGUUCUCUUCGCCAUCGUUUGCGGCUUCCUCAGCAAGAACAACACCAACGAAACCAACACCACACCACGUUACUACCAACAACGUCGAAGAAGCUUCUCGAACAAUAAUGCAACAACCCCACCACCAUGGUAUGGGUACGGCUACGAGAACUCGGAUCGAUCGUUCAAUAGGUUGAGGAGCUUCAACUCCUACCCGGAUCUCCGGCAACAUGACUCGUCGUGGGUCGAUGCCGGUGAACGAUCCCGGUUUUACGACGAUACCGGUCUCUUCCUCCGUCACCGGCCGCCGAGAUCGGAUGCUGACGAAGAAGAAGAAAUGGGUUUCGAGAAUGUAGCUACGGUCACUUCUGGCGAAGUUGACGCUGCGCCGCCGCCGCCGCCUCAACCGUUGAGUUCUCAGUCUCCGCCGCCUCCUGCUACGCGAACGAAAGGUGUUCGACGAAAUGGCAAGCAACCAUUUCAAGCGGAAAUGAUUGAGAAACCGGAAAGUAAUGAUUUGGUUGCCGAGAAUUCACAACCGCCGCCGCAGGAACCGGAGCCGCAACCACUAAGAUCUCCGUCUCCGCCGUCGCCUGCUACGCGAACGAAAAGUGUCCGAGUAAAUGCCAAACGAAUACUUCAAGUGGAAAUGGAAAGUAAUGAUUUGGUUGCCGAAAAUUCACAAUCGCCACCGGCGCCGCCGCAGCCGCCACCGCUACAGGCGGAGAGGAAGGCAAUGCAGGGUAAGAAGAAAAGAGGGAUUGCAACAAAAGAGUUCUUGACAUCUUUGAGAGGGAAGAAGAAACAAAGACAGAGAAGUGUUGAAAAUUUUGAGAGCAUUCUAAAUUCUGAACCAAAGCCUCCGCCAUCUCCGCCGCCGCAGCCACCUUCUUCAGUUUUCCAUGACAUGUUCUCUUCCAAGAAAAGCAAGCUCAAGAAACACCACCUUGUUCCUGUGGCAACCCAUAAACCCCGCUUAUCAAACAAAAGAGAGCAUUCAUCCCAUAGAUUGGAAGAUAAUGCGAUGAUCAGUGGUAAUGAGUCACCAUUGAUCCCAAUACCUCCGCCGCCGCCACUGCCUCCAUUCAAUAUGCCGGCGUGGAGGUUCCGGGUACAGGGUGACUUUGUUAGGGUUGAUAGCUUUGGCAGUUCACGGAGUGGGUCCCCAGAUUUAGAUGAAGUUGUGGACUCACCAACCAGUCAAGAAGAUGGUGAAGAGCCUGCAACUGGAACCUCAUUGUUCUGUCUCAGCCCUGAUGUUGAUUCCAAAGCUCACACCUUUAUUGAGAGCUUCAGAGCUGGUUUAAGGAUGGAGAAGAUCAACUCCAUGAAGUUGAAGCAGGGGAUAGGGAGGUCCAAUCUAGGCCCUUCAACAAACCCAGAAACCAUUAAAGAAACUAGACUUAGUUGAAGUUACAAAGCUGAUAUUUACUUUAUCUAAAUUGUUUUGAUUGAUCUUUUUUACACAGUUCUUCUUAAAGUGAAUGUUCAGACUCAUACAUAGACUUC